UUCACCAUAGUGCGGUUCGUUGAUUCUCCAUCCUGACCACACAGCUGUGUGUGUGUGUGUGUGUGUCAGUGGACGGUGAGAGAGAGACGAGGGCAGGCAGCUCCCUUUCGCCUUAUCUAAACCACACGUACAUUCCUCAUCAUGGCGGCCACGGAUGUAGACAUAUUUUCUAAUGAAGAAAAGCGUAACCUCAGCCUUGGCGGUCAUGUUGGCUUUGACAGUCUGCCCGAUCAGCUGGUCAGUAAAUCAGUGACUCAGGGUUUCUGCUUCAACAUCCUCUGUGUGGGUGAGACGGGCAUCGGCAAGUCGACUUUAAUGAACACCCUUUUUAACACCAUGUUUGAAAAUGAGGAGGCCAGCCAUUACCAAAACGGUGUUUACCUGCGGCCCAGAACGUACGACUUGCAAGAGAGCAACGUCCACCUAAAACUGACUAUCGUGGACACGGUGGGCUUCGGGGACCAGAUCAACAAAGAAGAAAGCUAUAAACCCAUUGUGGACUAUAUCGACACACAGUUUGAAAACUACCUGCAGGAAGAGCUGAAAAUAAAGCGUUCUCUAUUCAAUUACCACGACACCAGAAUCCACAUCUGCCUCUACUUCAUCGCUCCUACGGGACACUCGCUCAAGUCCUUGGACUUAGUCACCAUGAAGAAGUUGGACAGCAAGGUGAACAUCAUCCCUAUUAUCGCUAAAGCUGACACGAUUUCCAAGAGCGAGCUACACAAGUUCAAGAUCAAAAUCAUGAGCGAGCUGGUUAGCAACGGUGUUCAGAUCUACCAGUUUCCCACAGACGACGGAGCAGUGACCGAAAUCAACUCCUCUAUGAACGCCCAUCUUCCCUUUGCUGUGGUGGGCAGUGUGGAGGAGGUGAAGGUGGGGAAUAAGGCGGUGAGGGCCAGGCAGUAUCCGUGGGGAGUCGUUCAAGUGGAGAACGAGAGUCACUGUGAUUUCGUCAAGCUGCGGGAGAUGUUGAUCCGAGUGAACAUGGAGGAUCUGCGAGAACAGACUCACGCCAGACACUACGAACUCUACAGGCGCUGCAAACUAGAGGAGAUGGGCUUCAAAGACACCGACCCAGACAGCCAGCCUUUCAGUCUACAGGAGACGUAUGAAGCCAAAAGGAAGGAGUUUCUUGGAGACCUGCAAAGGAAGGAAGAGGAGAUGCGGCAGAUGUUUGUGAACAAAGUGAAGGAGACGGAGGGCGAGCUGAAGGAGAAGGAGAGAGAGUUGCAUGAGAAGUUCGAGCAGCUGAAGCGCAUGCACCAGGAGGAGAAGAGGAAGGUGGAGGAGAAGAGACGGGAGCUGGAGGAGGAGAUGAACGCCUUCAACAGGAGGAAGGUGGCCGCCGAGACCCUCUCGCUCUCACAGCCCCUCAAGAAGGACAAAGACAAGAAGAAUUAAUUUAUGAGCACAUCGCAGGCCAUCCAUGGACUUUCCUCUUUUAACGUUGCAGCAUCAGCUUGUUUUUUUGACAUGUUCCUCAUUGUGUUGAAGGACCAAAGACCCUGAUGGGAAGCCAGAGAGAUGCAUUAUGGGGACUGAAUCUGUUCUUGCGUUGCUACAUGUUGUUUUUGUUUUGUCUUUCAGGUGGGUGGGGGUCUUUUUUAAUGCCCCUCCCCUGCUCAACCCCAUUUUAUUUUUGGGACCGGUUUGUUUUGGUACUAACCAUCUGUUCAUUUGUCUUAGUCAGGCCAAAUUUUGUGACGUAUAUGUUUCCCUUGCCAGUGUACAGUAGUAUUUAAGACCUGAGCCAAACUCGUUAACAGCAGUGAUGUACUAACUAAUGUACACGUGUAUGAUUUCAUUAUUAUAUCAGCCUGCAUGGGUAUGGCUAAAUAAAGCAGUCUUAGACUUAUUUUUGGUGCUGUUUUUAAAAGUUCACGACAACAGAUAUGCAAAUAAUAUUUUUAGUAUUUUAAUAUUAAGCUGUAUGGUAUUCACGUUCUGUUGUUUAUCAUAUAACUGUAGCAGUAUCUGAACUCAACCUUCUACAGAUCUUCAUCUGCCAACGACGGACACAGAAACAGAAGAAUGCUGUUUUUACCAAAUAAAAUGAACAGUCCCUUUUAGGAAA